UUCCUACUCCUGCUCCCACUUUGUUAUGAUUUUGUGAUCCGUUUUUUUCUACAAAAAUGCAUCCGUCUGAUGCGCUCGUGGUUCUCCUCCCUCUCCUGCUGAGCGGCCAAUUGUCCAGCGUCCAGGGCACGCUGUCACCCAAUGACAAGCCGAAAAGCAAACAGCAAAAAGAAGUGCUGCGUGGACCACAAGAUGAUGAUGUCUUCGGCCUGGGUUUGGUGUCGCCGGAGCCCCUGGCCAAGGAUAUUCUAGCACAUCACAGAGCCUACUACAAGGACACGGCAACCAGGCGAUUCAAUGGCACCACCUUAGGCUAUGUGACGCCGUGGAAUUCUCAUGGCUAUGAUGUGGCCAAGAUAUUUGCCAAGAAGUUCGACAUCAUCUCUCCUGUAUGGCUGCAAAUUGUAAAGCAAGGAGAUGCCUAUGCGGUGGCUGGAAUGCACGACAUCGAUGCGGGCUGGGUGAGCGAUGUCCGGCGUAAGGGAAAGGUGCAACAACAGCAGCUGCAGCGCACAGUUAAAGUAUUCCCCCGAUUUAUAUUCGAUCAUUUUACCGAUCGUGACAUAAAGCUGCUGCUCAGCGAUGCCAAGGAGCGCACAAAAGUCAAUGAGGCUCUGAUUAAAUGCUGCAAGGACAAUCAUUUCGAUGGUCUUGUGCUGGAGGUAUGGUCACAGCUGGCAGGACGCAUUGACGAUAAGAUUCUGUUCAAUUUGGUGCUGCAAAUGGCCAAGGAGCUACAGAAGCAGCAGCUGCGUCUUAUCCUGGUCAUUCCACCAUAUCGUAAGGACACGGGCAUUCUCUUUGGGGAAAAGCACAUGGACACGCUGUACAAGCACAUCUACGCCUUCUCCUUGAUGACUUACGACUUCUCCAGCGUGCAGCGACCGGGCGCCAAUGCGCCUUUGUAUUUUGUUCGUCAGGCUGUGGAGACAAUUGCCCCCAAGGGUUGUGCUGACAUGGAGGCCAAGCGUUCGAAGAUACUCCUGGGACUCAAUAUGUACGGCAAUGACUACACACCCGAUGGUGGCGGGCCCAUCACCUUUUCGCAGUAUUUGGACUUGGUGAAAAAUGUGAAAAAACAUUUGACCUACGAUGAGCGGGAUGUGGAGAAUUUUUUCGAAAUCAAAAACGAAAAUGGUCGCCACAUCGUUUUUUAUCCCACUUUGUACUCCAUCAAUGAGCGUGUGAAGCUGGCCCAGGAAUUGGGUGUCGGUAUAUCCAUUUGGGAGCUGGGACAGGGCCUUAAUUACUUUUAUGAUCUCUUUUAGAUAUGCAUAUUGCCAGCAUUUACAAAAUGCAAUGCCAUUCCAAAUAAAAUCUUUGCUACAUUAGCU